CCGGGCGAGCACGCGGCCGUUUGGGGAAUCUGUCGCGGAGCCGCGACCUCGCCGGCUUCCUCUCUCCGUUCGGUUCCCGCACCAGCCACCACACCCACCCGGCGCGUCGCUUCUUUAUUCCGCUCCCACCCAGCCAGCCCGCCCGGCGGCCUCACAUGCUGCUCAUUGCUGUCGUUGCCAACCCCUCGCGGCCUCACUCCCUGCUCUAAAAUCGAGUCCUGAUCCAGGCAGCGAUCGUGACCCCAGGCCGAGAAAAUCGACAGCCUGGGUUUGCUGCCUGGCUCAGGCAGCUGAUCGGAGGCAAGAACCAAACAAGCCCUACCUGCACCGGCUCCCCCAUCCCAUCCACCACCUCCUCCUCCUCGUCCUCCUGCUGCUCGGCCCUGAGCUGACCGCGACGGGAGGGCGCUGAGCUACCGAGACAGCUCCCCGGUCGGCUCGGCUCGGGUCAACGCGUGCCGCGUGCUCGGCGAAGGGCGGAGGAGGAGAGGGAGGGCUCCCCCGCGGUGAUGCCGGCGCUGCUGGGUACCUAGGUAGCUCGCCGGGGCGGCGAUGGAGGGGACGAAGCGCGGCGCGGGGGGAGGCGGCGGGCCGGUGGCUGCGGUGGCGCUGUGGCUGCUGGUCGGCGUCUCGCUGAGCCGCGGCGCGGCGGGGCUCAAUGCCGACGGGGCGCUGCUCAUGUCCUUCAGGGCCGCGGUCACCGCGGACCCGCUGGGCGCGCUGGCCGGGUGGGGCUACGACGCCGCGGAGCCCUGCGCCUGGAACGGCGUCGUCUGCAAGGGCUACCCGCAGCCCGACGCCGCGUCGGCCGCCGCGAACGUGACCUCGGCCUCCGCUACCGACGGCGGCGGCAACUCGACGGCGGCCGCGUGGAACGGCACCGCGGCGGCGGGCGGCCUCAACGCGUCGCUGGCGGCGGCCACGGUGUCGCGGGUCAUCAGCCUGGUGCUCCCCAACGCGCAGCUCUCGGGGGCGCUGCCGCCGGACCUCGGCCGCGUCGAGCACCUGCAGCACCUCGACCUCUCCGGGAACGCCCUCAACGGGAGCCUCCCGCCCACGCUGCUCAACGCGACCGAGCUCCGCGUGCUCUCACUCGCCGGGAACGGCAUCUCGGGGGAGCUCCCGGACGCCGCCGCGGCGUACGCGCGCGGCCUCCAGGAGCUCAACCUCUCGGGGAACGCGCUCGCGGGGCGCCUCCCCGCCGCGCUGUGCAGGCUGCCGAGCCUCGCCGUGCUGGGGCUCGCCGGCAACCGCCUCGCCGGGGAGCUCCCCAUCGGCGGGCUCGGCGCGCUGGAGCUCGUUGACCUGAGCGGCAACGACCUCAACGGCUCGCUCCCGUCGGACUUCGGGGGGAGCCGGCUCCGGCUGCUGAACGUGUCGUCGAACAAGCUCGCCGGCGCGGUGCCGACCGAGCUGGCCGCCGUCGUGCCGGCGAACGCGACGGUGGACCUGUCGCGGAACAACUUCACCGGAGCGAUCCCGCAGGCCGGGCCGUUCGCCGCGCUGCCGGCGGCGGCGUACGAGGGCAACCCGGACCUGUGCGGGCCGCCGCUGAAGCAGGCGUGCUCCAUCCCGUCCUCGCUGUCGAACCCGCCCAACGCCACCGACUCGCCGCCGGCGUUCGCCGCCAUCCCUAAGAACCCCGCCCGCGCCCCGCCGGGAGCCGCCGGGCAGCCGCAGGCGCCGCGCGAGCAGGAGAAGCUUCGCCCUGCGGCCAUUGUCGCCAUAGUCGUCGGGGACAUCGCCGGGGUCGGGCUCCUCUUCAUGCUGUUCCUGUACGCGUACCACGUCCGGAAGAAGAGGCGGCAGCGGCGGGAGCAGGACCCGGCGCCGCCGAUGCAGCACAAGAGCACGCUAGGAAUCGACGGCGUGGUCAAGACGCUUGACAUCGCCGGAGGCAAAGAAGACAAGGCGUCGACAUCGAUGGGGUGCUGCAUUGGCCGACGGAACGACGGCUCGGACAGCUCCGAGUGCUCGGUGUCGUCGGAUGGCGAGGCCGACGACGGCGAGGACCUCAAGAAGCGAGGAAGCCUCAUCGGCCGGAGCACCCCGCAGGACCACGGCAGCAAGAAGCACAACCCGCCCCAGCAGCAGGCGCCCCCCGCGCCGGCGACGCUCGUCACGGUCGACGGCGACGGCGAGCUCGAGAUGGAGACGCUGCUCAAGGCGUCGGCCUACAUCCUCGGCGCCACUGGCUCGAGCAUCGUGUACAAGGCCGUGCUCGCCGACGGCACCGCGCUGGCCGUCCGGCGCAUCGGCGAGAGCGGCGGCGCCGACAAGCUCAAGGACUUCGAGGCGCAGGUGCGCGCCGUGGCCCGGUUCCGCCAUCCCAACAUCAUCCGGCUGCGCGGCUUCUACUGGGGCGCCGACGAGAAGCUCCUCAUCCACGACUACGCCCCCAAUGGCAGCCUCGCCAACAUCGCGUUCAGCAGGCGGUUCGGGGCGUCGUCGCCGCUGCACCUGAGCCUGGAGGCGCGGCUGCGGAUCGCGCGCGGCGUGGCGCGCGGGCUGGCGUACAUCCACGAGAAGAAGGGCGUGCACGGCAACCUGAAGCCGAGCAACAUCCUGCUGGGCGAGGACAUGGAGCCCUGGAUCGGCGACCUGGGCCUGGACCGGCUGCUGUCCGGCGAGGCGGCCGGCCACCGCGCGGGCGCGUCGGCGCGGCUGUUCGGGAGCAAGCGGUCGAUGCACUCGACGAGCAGCCUGCCGGACCUGUCUCAGAUGCCCGGGCCGGGCGCGAGCCCCUGCGGGUCGGCGUCGGCGGCGGCGGCGGCGUCGUCGUCGUCGGGCGCCCCGUCGCCGUACCAGGCGCCCGAGUGCCUCAAGAACCUCCGGCCCACGGCCAAGUGGGACGUGUACGCCUUCGGCAUGGUGCUCCUGGAGCUCCUCUCCGGGCGCGUCUACUCGGAGGUGGAGCUCUGCCAGUGGCACGCGGGGCUCGUCGCCGAGGAGCACGGCCGCGUGCUCCGGAUGGCCGACCCCACGCUCCGCGGCGAGGCCGACGGCAGGGAGGACGCGCUGCUGGCGUGCUUCAGGCUCGCCUUCAGCUGCUGCGCCAUGGCGCCGGGGAAGCGGCCCGCCAUGAGGGACGCCGUGGUGGUGCUCGAGAGGGCGGCGGCGGCGUCGCCCGGCGCGUCGGCCGGCUCCAGCGCCGCCAUUCCUUGAGAGAUAAACUGACCUCGGGUCGCAAUAAUUUUUACUGCAAGGAUGGUGGUGGUGGCUGUAAUCACUGGUGGCAAGUUGAGGUUUCUUUCUUUGCUAGAGCGUGUAGAUCUGUCACUAAUUUUUGGAGGUGCCGCGAGAUUAACCUGCUGAUCCUUCGUUUGUGAUUGUGAAA